AUGGAUUUGCAGGAGGACACACAGGAGGGGGAUGCAAAGGCACAGCUCCUGGCAGAGGCAUUUCACAAGGAAGGACUGGAUGCUGGAUACUGGCUGCCCAAAGCUUCACAGAUCCUGGGAAUCAAGUGCAGAGAAGCCCUGCAACAUCUGGAAUAUGAAGACUACCUCAGGUUGGAGUGUGAAGUGCAGCAUCCCUGGGAGAAAAGGGCACUCCAGAAACUCCUGAAAAUAAAAGAUGACAAAAUGACCACUAAAGAGGUGCAGAAGGAGCACUUGGAGAAGACAAAGCAAAGACAAGAAGUGGCCAAAAAAGCCCUGAAGGAUCUGACAGAAAUGCUCAAGAGCCGCAGCCACAGCCAGGAUGCUCUGAGGGAGAAAGCAGAGACUCUGUGGCGAGCCAUGGAGAUUCCCAAAGAGUUCUGGCCACAGCCAAAGAAUCCCUUGGUGGAUAUGCUGGAGAGCAUCCAGAAGCAGCUGGAGCAGCAGGAGCUGUCAGCAGGCAGGAAGGAGAACAUCCCUGACACGGAGGUGCUGAGGCGGGCGUCAGGGGGACUGGCCCUGCAGGGCAUCUACAGAACCAGCAGAGCUGAAGAUGUGCUGGCAAAGCGAGAGCAGCUCCUCAGGGUUCCUGAGGGGUUCCAGCUCACCAGUCCAGAACAAGGAUCGCUGCUUGAGAGGAAGGAGUUCUCCCCCUCUGCAGCAGAAUCCACUUUCACCAAGUCCAUGCAGCAGCUGGGGUUCAGCAUGAGCGUUUCUGCCAAAUCCUCAUUCUGGGGGAUUAAUCUAGGAGCGGGUGUAGAUCACACCAGCUCCACACAGUCCCAGAACACCCACCAGUCCCACUCUGAGCAGAGCUACUUCUGCACCACCAGGUACCAGUACAUCCCUCUGGCCUCCUGCUAUUUCCAAAGGCAUCAGCUUCGCCUCUCGGAUGCGGCUCUGCGGGAGCUGCAAGACAUGGAACAGAGUUUGAACUUCAGUCAGGAAGAAGACAACCCCACCUUGGUGAAGAUGUGCGAGAGCUUCUUCAGCAGGUUUGGGUCCCACAUAAACCAGGGUCCCCUCCACUUUGGGGGGAUAUUCUGGUGGAAAGCAUCUACAGAAGGAUUCCGAGCCGAGCAGCGGGAAGAGAUGAAGCGACUAACGUCUGAAGCACUGAACAGCUUUGUCAGGAAGAGCUAUGGUGACUUCCUGGCAAGUGCCGGGGGGGCCCUGCAUGUUUCCAACUCCAGAUCAAAAGCUUCUAUCCAGGGAAGAACUGGAGAGAGUUCUCAUGCAGCAAUUCAGCUCUACGUGGUCAGCACAGGGGGCCCAGCAGACACAGCUUCCCUUCCUCAGUGGAAAACGGGGCUCGUGUCCGAUAACACAACGUGGUGCGUUAUCGAUCGUGGCUUUGAGCUGAUCCCAGUGUGGGACGUCAUCCUGUGCAAUCACUGCAGGGCAUGCUUGGAUGACAAAUGGGAAGAAGAGAGGACACAGAACAUACUCAGUGACCUGGAAGACACACUUCCAAAACCUGAGGCCCCCAGUCAGUCCCAGUCCAAGUCAGACAGCAGGGAAUCCAGAGAAAAUGAAGCCAUUGCAAACCAAGAGUUCCUCCAGUUGCUCAAGCGCCUUGGACUGGAAAGUCACUAUCCAAGGAAAAUGGGGAUGGGAGAUUUCCGCACCAUCUGCAAGACAUCUCUGCAGGACAGCCAGCCCAGCCAGGACAAGGAACUGCCAUUGUACUUCUUGCAAAAGCUGUUAACUGUGGAUUACCGGGUGAGGUACCUGACUUGCUUGGAUGACAGCAACCCAGGCCUUGCACCCAUGCCACAAACCAGAGAGCAAGACAACCAACAAUCAGACUCCUUUGAAAACUUUCUUGAUAAGCUGAUGGAAGCAGGCCCAAAACAUGCAAGCAGGGACGGCCAUGUGCACCCCAUGGACCUGCAGAUGGCCAUUGAACAACCCAAAACUUGCAGCCCAGCCAAAAUCCACACCUUCAUGCAGCUCAUCCCAGUGGGCAAGGAGCUGCAGCAAGACUUGGGCUUUGAUUUUGUGCUGGUGGUUGACACAGAGGGGCUUCGUGCCAUCGAGAUGGCCAACAAACAGUCCCUGAACCAUGACAACGAGCUGGCCACCUUUGUCAUUGGUGUUGGCAACGUGACUGUGAUCAAUAUCUUUGGAGAAAAUCCAUCCGAAAUGCAAGAUGUUCUCCAGAUCGCUGUGCAGGCUUUCCUGAGGAUGAAGAAAGUCAAUCUUUCCCCAAGCUGUGUCUUUGUCCACCAAAACGUGGGAGAAGCAACUGCCAAGGAGCAGAACAUGGAAGGACAAAGGCGCUUGCAGGAAAAGUUGGAUGAAAUGACCGUGGUAGCUGCUCAGCAGGAAUUCUGUGACGUCUCCUCUUUCAGCGAUGUCAUUGCCUUUGAUGUGAACACCCACAUUCACUACUUUGCUCACCUGUGGGAAGGAAACCCCCCAAUGGCACCACCCAACCCCACCUACAGCCAGAACGUCCAGCAACUCAAGAGCAAAAUCCUCCAGGCUGCCAAGAAUCAGUCUCAGUGCAGCAUUUUGAGGCUCUCAAGCCUGAAAGAUCGUAUUGGUGACCUCUGGAAUGCUUUGCUGAAUGAAAACUUUGUUUUCAGCUUCAAGAAUUCCCUGGAGAUCGAACAGGAAAAUUUUGAGUAUUUCAAGCAGUACCUUACGUCUCCAAAACAAUUUUGUGAGAGUUACAUUGAGAUACGGGUUAGGAAUUACUGUUUAGAAGGGACUAGGAGGCUGGGGAUGUUUUUAGAUUCCUCUCUUAAUCUUCUCUAUCGAAACAUCCUGUCAGUUGUUUCUUCAUCAACCCAAAUUGUCAAAGACAGAAAAGACAGAGAAGACAAAGUUUCUCUUUGGCUGGAUGAAUUUUGCAGGCAACUGACAGAGGUGAUCAACUUGCCCAGAAGUGACCUGAAGGGCAUCGAGCACCAGGAGGUCACAGACAUUGAGUUUCUGAGCAGUGCCAUGGCAGAAGCUCUGGAUGACCUGAGGCACAGGCUCAUGAAAGAAUUGUCUGAAGCUGACCUGAGCUUGUUUCCAAGGCAGCCUCACACCAUCCUGGUAGAGCAUUUUUCAGGGUGCUGGGAGCAGUGUCCCUUUUGUGGGGCUGUCUGCACAAACACCAUGCGGAAUCACGAUGGAGACCAUCAGCUGGUCUUCCAUCGCCCAGAAGCUUUGAUGGGAUGGAGGAAGUAUGGGACAGACGAGCUGGUCAUUGAUAUUUGCUCCAGCCGUGUUGCAAGUGAUAUCUCAUUCAUUCUUCAUGACGGUCGAAAGUUCCCCUACAAGAGAUACCGUGAUGCUGGACCUCCUUUUUCCACUUGGAACAUUCUUCCUGAUUCAUCCAUGCAGGCGUACUGGAAGUGGUUUGUGUCUCAUUUCAAGACACAGCUGGAAGCUCUGUACAAUGGGAGAUUUCACGGUAGAGGAGAAAUCCCUGAGGCAUGGCAGAGAAUUACCAAGGAGGAAGCGCUGUCUGAGCUGGAGAAGCGUUAG